GAUGACCCCGAGAGUAGGGAGGCUCUCCGAAGUGGGCCGUGAUGCCUUGGCGUGGACAAAUUCCACCUCACCCCCCUGCAAAAUCGUUGACCCCUUACACCCCAAGGCCCCUGCUCUAGAUUGCCCAGCCUGGAGAGCGAGGGAGGCAGUCUCACUGUACUCACCUAAGGCUGGGUUAGGUUGAUUUGUGAUCGAGUGAAAGAUUACCUGGGGAGGGGGGGAUCAGGCGAGAAAGUGGCGGAGAAAGCUGACCAUCUCGGCUUUCGAACCACGUGCCAGCCUCUGAUCGCAAAAGUGUGAUGGUGCAGGCCUUUCGGGCCAUGAAUAGGGGCCAUGGGGACAUGAAUAGGAAGGGUUUAGAGGGAUAUGGGCCAGAUGCUGGCAAAUGGAACUAGAUUAAUUUAGGAUAUCUGAUUGGCAUGGACGAGUUGGACCGAAAGGUCUGUUUCCGUGCUGUACAUCUCUAUGACUUGACGUCUCAUCAGUAGGGUUCUGAGCCUAGUCUUUGAUAAUCAUUGUGCAAGUCGCAGAUAUUGGCUUACAAUUUGGCCGGGGGAGGGUAGGGUGGUUGGAAAAAUACUUUAAACCCCCUUUUUCCAAAGUCUCCUGAUUUCUCUCUCUCUGAACUCCAACUGCUCCAUUGCCUUUAACUAAACAUUUUGAGCUAUGGACCGAAAAUGAGAAUUAUCAUUUAUCUCAUUAGAGAUGGAAAGAAAACGAGGGAGGAAAAAACUUUUGGUAUGGAAGCUACCUGCUGCACUGUCAGGUCAAGGGAUGGUGGGGGGUGGGGGGAGAAGAAUUUUGGUGGGGGUUACCUUUAAUUGCUCGGCGACGGCGCGGUUUUACUUUACGGCAAGAAGUCGAGGUGAUGGGGCAAUCUGGUUUACGGCAAGAGGUCGGGUCUGGGAUCCCAAUCCACUUUACGGCCGGAGGUCGGGUGGCGGCGACAAUCCACUCUACGGCAGGAGGUCGAAGCCGGCGUCCCCGUUCACUUUACGGCUGGAGGUCGGGAGGCGGGGACAAUCCACUCUACGGCAGGAGGUCGAGUGGGACGGUGGCGCCGCCAUGAGCUUGUUCGGUUUGUUCCGAGGCUUCUUCGGCUUCCCGGAGCGGGGCGACGGCCGGGGGGACAGGUUUUUCCAGGGAAUGACACUGGAUGAUGAGGAUGAGGAUGAGGACGAGGACGAAGACGAUGGGUUUUUCGGAGCUCGUCCGGGAGACACCUUCAGCUUUGGCUUCAGGCCAGGCGGCCGGAAUUUCGACGAUGGGUUUUCCGGACUUUUCCAUGAGAUGGACGAACUUUUCAAAGGCAUUGGCAGCUGGGAGGUGCCCAGUGGACAAUUUGACUUGCCUGUGUUGGAGCCCCAUCCGUACGGAGGUGGCCGGCAGGAGUGGAGCAGACGUAGUCCCCGUGACUUGAUGUUGAAGGAGCCGGAGAAGGAUCGCCCCGAAGGAAGUGGAGAGCAGCCUGAUGGUGACCGGCGGGAUAGACUCACUCCCGAGGGGUCGCGCAGAGGACCCCUGACUCCUUACAGAAGACCAUGGAAUCCACCCAACACGGUAAGACCCACUUCUCUCCUGACCCAAGAUCAGGAGGAGGCCAUUCAGACCCACCAAGCCAUUCCCGCCACUCGAUUGGGCUAUAACUUAGCUCCACUGACCCGCUUCGGUUCCCUGCCCUUGAACCCUCCUGCCCCAGCCAACGAAAUCCCAUCGGCCUGUUUUCCAAAUCUCCUCAGGAACUCACCCGCUCCCUGCACCCUCAACAGUGCCUUUGAGGGAAAGGGUUUCCAUCCUCUCGUUUACCUGGACUCCAGAGUGAACUCCGAAGGCCUGGAUAAAAUCUUAAAGCCCUCGGAGCCCCAGACCAGAUCUUAUUUCAAGAGUGUGUCCGUGUCGAAAGUCGUCCUCCCUGACGGGAGCGUAGAGGAACGUCGAGUGACACGGGACGGUGAAGGGAAUGAGGAGACCACAGUGACGCGGGCGCACGGGGAGCAGUCGUACACCACAGUGACCCGACGGGACGCUCAGGGCAAGGAGGAACGCACCGAAGAGAUGGUCAACAUGGAUGACAGCGAACGACAAAGGUUCACAGAGCACUGGGAGCACCGGCCAGGAAAGGACACUCCGAGUGAGCUGCAGACGUUCGGUGACUCUCUCUCCUUCCUCGAUAAGCUGCUCAAGGGGAUCUUCAGCCGCUGACUGAGUCUCACACAGCAAGGGGCAACUUGGUGGGGUGGGGGGGGUAAUAUAAUAUGAGAAGAGACCACAAUUGGACUGGCUGUAGGUUGUGUGUGUGACUGUUUGUGUCUGCCCUUAACUAUAUGAGUGUUUUGUGUCUCUGUAUGUGUGUGUCAUGGGAAGUGUCAGCUGCAGGGCCAGCAUCUGCGGUGAACAGACCCGUUUUUUGGAGUGAAACCGGAUGCAUUUUCAGGUCGACAACACAUUCACUUGUUGGGCGGGGGGUGGGAACAGACCAUGGCUUUCCUGACAUCGACGGAGUAUUGCGCUGUCUCACUGAACUGUGCACAACAUCGCUGUGCCCGCACGCACACUCUGCUCCGUGCCCUCCCGAUUGGGUAUGUUCCACAUGCGAUGUAACCUGCGCAGACUCUGCACGCUUCUCCUGAAGUUUGAGAUGUCAUUCGUUCAGGUGCAAUAAAGUAAACGUCGUUCA